CAACUAUCCGUUAGCUCAACACUAUGCAAAUAUUUAUUUUAUGAAAGCCAGUUGAAAGUGCAGCAUAUUUAUAUUUCCUGUCUUGAAAUGUUUAGUAAAUAUGCACCUAGACUGAGAUGUAGAUGUAACUUACUAAAUAAAUCUGUAUCUAUAAGAUGCUUGAGUGACAAAAGUUCUGAUAAUAAUCCAGAGAAAGAAAACAAAGUUGUAGCUGAGAAAGAGUACAAAACACCUAGUGCUGGAAGUUACCACUCCCCGUGGAUUAUAUUAAAAGAAGAGGUGAAGAGCAUCACUGGAGCUUUCACUACAGGUCAUGUGACUCCUGCAAGGAACAUAAUUCCUCGAGAAGCAGAUAUAUUAGUCAUAGGUGGAGGACUGGUUGGAAAUUCAGUGGCAUACUGGUUAAAGAAAAGAAAUCCGAAAGGUGUCAAUGUUACAAUAGUGGAAAGAGAUUAUGGUUACACAAGAGCUUCCAGUAUGUUGUCAGCAGGGGGAAUACGUCAUCAAUUUAGUCUUCAAGAGAACAUUCAGAUGUCUAUGUUCACAACAGAUUUCAUCAGGAACAUCAGGGAACAUCUCAGUGUAUUAGACCAUGAACCUCCUGAUGUCCAGUUUCAUCACCAGGGUUAUAUGUUCCUUGCUAAUAAAGAACAAGCAGAAAAUCUGGAAACAUGUGUCAAAUUACAGAGAGAAUUAGGUGCUAAAAUAGAACUGAUGUCAAGAGAGAAAAUAUCACAAAAAUUUCCAUGGGUAAACUUAGAGGGUAUAGAAAUGGCAUCAUAUGGAACACAGGGAGAGGGUUGGUUUGAUCCAUGGCUGCUAUUGAAAGCAUUCAGGCAAAAGAAUGUCAACAAUGAGGUUACCUAUGUGAAAGGGGAAGUUGUUGGCUUUCAACAGACCAAUAAUCCAGGCAGUCAUAUUGGAUCCUCAACUGAUUUCCAAACUCUCAAUAAUAUUGAUAUAAAAGACGAGGAGGGAAAUCUUCAUCAGAUGCAUUUUUCAUUGGUCAUAAACUGUGCUGGAGCAUGGGCUGGAGAGAUAGCCGAAAUGGCAGGUAUUGGACCAGGGAAAGAUGUCUUCUCAAUUCCUCUACCCGUGGAACCAAGAAAGAGAUUUGUAUAUGUAAUUCACUGUCCAAAUGGUCCAGGCUUAGAAGCACCUUUGACUGUAGAUACAAAUGGAGUUUAUUUCAGAAGAGAAGGGCUAGGUGGAUGUUAUAUAUGUGGUUUGUCCCCUGAAGAGGUUCUCAAUGACCAGUCAGAGGAUAAAGAACCUGAUAUUAGUAACUUGGAUGUAGAUUACAAUUUCUUUGAAGAAAAAGUUUGGCCAAAAUUAGCAUAUAGAUAUCCACAGUUUGAGAAAAUUAAGUUAAAGAGUGCCUGGGCUGGAUAUUAUGACUAUAAUUAUGUGGAUCAGAAUCUAAUUAUCGGACCUCAUCCAAAAUUCAGAAAUUUUUGGUUUGCUAAUGGAAUGAGUGGACAUGGUGUACAACAAUCAGUUGCUAUAGGAAGGGCUAUUGGGGAACUGUUCUAUGAUCAUGAGUACACUUCCAUAGACUUGUCAAGAUUUUGUUUUGACAGAAUUAUGUAUGAUGAACCAGUCAUGGAAAAUUUCAUUGUAUGAUGAAAGUUGGACAGCAUUUUACACAUGUAUAUUAAUACUAGUUUCUAUAUUUGAGGGCCACAUCUUAUCCUGACAGGUCACAUGGCUGAUUGCUUACAUUAUCAUGUGUGAUCAUUUAAAGACUGCAUUCUUAAUAAGACCAGUUCCUGUUGAUAAGGUGUCCUUAUAAUGGACUGACUUCCAAACAUUUAUACUCUAGAACUUCCACAUUUGUGAUUUACAACAUUAUCAUAACAUAAGAGAACAAAAUUUUGUGGAACAGUUUGUUUUUCUUCAUACAAGCUGCGUCGGAUAGAAAUCGACCGUAUGCAAAUGAAUAUCAGUACAUCUGUUAACCUUUUUCAGGUUGAAAAAAUCUCUAUGCAAAGUCUGUAACUGUUUGAAAAUUGAGUUGAUAUAAGAACCCUAGAAAACAGACAGAAAUUUUUUUUUUUUUUCGUUUUUGAAUGUUCCAAAAUCAAUCAAAAGUCUCAUACAUGUACAUGUAUCUGUGCACUUGCAUAAGGUCGAUCUCUUUCUGAUGCAGCUCAUACACUGAAUUGGUUGUUUUCAUACAGUUUUGUUUUGAUUUUGUCACAUGAUUUUUUCACAUUUUUUGUCCAUGCCUUGCAGUUAUGAUUUUAUUUCAUUUGUUUAUCUAGUCAUUAAUUGUGAGAACAUGUUUUGUAAGCAUGCAUUUACAAAUUUUCUUCAGACUUUAAGAAGAUAUUACAGAAUAUGUAUUUGGUUGUAUACAAAGUACACUGAAGUUCGGUUUGCCUUUUACUAAAUGGACCAACAGAUUCAAUAUAAACUACCAGUACAUAAUUAGAGAUGUUCAGAGCAAUAUUUAUACUUGGCAAAAUAACUUGGUUCAAAAUUGGUUAUCUCCCUUUACUACAAAAAAAUCAAAUAGACAAUAGCUUAGAUGCAUCACAUGAAUAUGAGACAGGUUAUAUACUUAUUAUAUAAAGUAUAAGCUGUGUGUCUUCUCUGGAUGAUUCUAUUGAAAGAGUAACAAUAGUUAUUACAAACCAAUCAAGUCAGUUAAAAGGUGACAAAAACAUGGAAAAAAACUGUUUGACAGAUUGUUUUUAUAUUUACAACAUUAGCUGUGGUUAUUGAUAUACCAUUUGUCUUUGUUACAUUGUUAUUUCAGCAAUUGAAAAAAAGUUGUUUCAGCAUCAAUGCAUUUAAUUUAUAAGGGAGAUUAUGGGAUUCCACCCCAUCAGUCCUGCUUCUGUGAUAAAGGAAUUUUAACAUGUCAGAUAUUGUGUUAUAUGAUUAAGUGUGUUUAUGAAGAAGUAUUUAUGAUAUACUUUUGUAAGUAUGCCACAAGUAAUUAGUUCCCCUGUAUUCAAUUAAUGAAGAGAAGACGAGUCACUGCCUGUUAAUUGUGUUUAAGUGACUAUGGGAUUUGCAUUGUUCAAAUGUUUAUUUUACUGAUCAAAGUUGUUUAUAAAGAAAUAAUUAACUUGAUAUUUGGUGUAUCAGUAUCAGUACAUUUAAAUGUUUAGUAGAAUAUGUGCCACACUCCAAUUUUAAGAGAAAUAUUAAGUUUUAAAAUUUAAUUGUUUUUAUGAACUAAUAACUGAAAACCUGCUUUGUAACAUGUUACAAAAAGUAUGAGAUUGCAUGUGAUCACCAUGUGAUGGCAUUAACAGACAUGGAACACUUUUCUAUUUGUGACAAAAUAAGUGGGUUAAUAGUUUAAAAAGUUGUGUAUUACAUGCCAAAAGUGUGAGAGUUGGUAACUAUGAUGUGUACAAAUUAAAGGUAUAUUUUUGUCUCAGUGGUGCAUAGAGCUAUGAUAGAUUAAAGGAGCAAUCUUGAAUGUAAAUGCAAGUUUAUUAAUCAUGGUUUUUUCACUAUGUUGUUUACAGGUGAGAAAUAUAUCUUAAAACAAUUUAUUGGUGUUUUUUUAGUUUGCUGUUGCACUGACUGACUCUUGGCCUGUAUUUUGAUAGUAGCAAAGGCCAGGGACACAACAGCUACAAAUACAUUUGUACUAAAAUUGUGGAAAACUUUAGUUGUUGAUAUUGUUUUUUAAGUCAUUCAUAAAGAUUUUCAUUAAAUUCAUUACAAAUUAAUAUCCUCGUUUUGCAUGCUCUUCACUGAAUUUUUUUUACUUUUACAUAGUUUCAUGACUUCAGUAGAAAUUUCUAGGAAAUGUAUGCACAUAUUAUUGAAAAUUUUAAUAGAGAGUUUGUAUACUGGUAAUUUUUUAUAUAAUAGUAAUAAUUAUAGCAUUUAAGAAAGAAAUAGGUGAAUUGUAGUUGAAGAAUAAUGUAAAUUCAGAAAUUUCUGUGUGCAUUUAUUUUCACAAUUGUUGAAUAAUGAACAAAAAUACAUGAUUGAUUAUCAUGAUUUCAAGAAAUGGUGCAUACAAAUACGUUUUAUUUUUUGCAAAACCUAUCUUGUUGCAAUUUUCCUAAUAAUAAAAACAUUGGAAAAAUUUCUGAAUUUUCUGAAGAUGAAAGAAUUUUGACUGAACGUUUGGUAUUUCAGGGGUAGAACAUAUAUAUUGUGUUCCUAGUAUAUCAGCAGUAAUAAACUUGAUAACUGCAUGAAACAUAAUUUAGUGAAGGAACUAGAUGUGAUUCGCAGGCAGGUUCAGACGAAUUGGCAUUUUCAGCUGUACUUAGUUUUAGUCAUUAAAAAUGAGAUAUGGAGUAAAAGGAUUGAUAUAUUCUCACAUCUCUCUUUUUUAAUUUCAAACCCUCUCUAUCGUAUCUACCAGCUGGUACUAUACACCAGGAAUCAAUUUGUAGUCAAUAAUUACUAUUAUAGAACUACUUUAUAGAUUGUUGAUUAAGGGAAUGUUUAUAAUCCUUGUAAUAGUAGAUAAUAAGCAGAGGAAAGUUUAUAGAAGAUAAGAUAAUUUUUUGUAAGUAAAAUAUUUAUUAUUCUUUAUUUAAUAUUCAGACUACUUCUACAUAAUUUCUGUUAAAAAGGACCUCUGGUAUGACAUGUCAAAUUCUUGGUUGUAUUUGAUUUAUAUAUAUAUAUUAUGAAACAAGGCAUUAAUAUACAUAUGCAUACUUCAUGCAGCUUUUUUUUUCCUCUUAUGGUCAUUUUAUAUUUUAAACAAGUAUUUAUACACACAAAAAUGUGUAAAAAUAAUUUAGUUUUGUUUAUGAUUAGAUUUGUUGUCUAUUUUGUUAUUUUCAGGAGUGUACUUGUUUACUGUAUUGUUGAAAAGUGUAAGAAAUGAAAUUCAUGUACCCCAGAAUAUUUUUAAAACGUAACCUAUCUAUCUGCAUGUUUUGAUUCUGUUUUAAAAUAAAAUGACUACAAAAAGUA